AUGCCUGUCCUCAACUUCUGUGGCUCCACGUCAGAGAGGAAGACCUUCUCUAUAGCCGCUACGUUCCUCACAGGAGAGACAGAGGGUCACUACCAGUGGGCCCUGCAGUGCCUCGUUGAGCUAGCUGUACAGGAAGGAAUUCCUCUGCCGCGGGUGAUAGUCACGGACCGGGAGCUUGCGCUUAUGAAUGCCCUCCUUUCUAUCCCGGAGUUAGCUGCAGUGCUUCACCUACUGUGCCGCUGGCAUAUCAACAAGAAUAUCCUUGCGAAGACGAAGGCCCAUUUCCCUGGUCCAACGAAGGAAGGCAACCGCACCGUCAGGGCCCCCGAAUUCACAGCCUUCCUCCAAGACUGGGCCAGCCUCGUCAACGCCCCUGAAGAUGACCUCUUUAACACACGGCUACCGGCGUUCAAGACCGCUGGGCACCCCCCGGCCGCUGUGGCAUACGCUAUAAAUACGUGGCUAGACCCCUGGAAGGAAAAGUUCGUCUUGUGCUUCGUUGACCGGCAUAGGCACCUUGGCCAUAGGACUACUUCUAUUAUAGAAGGCAUGCACUCUACGAUGAAGAGGUUCCUCUGGUCCUCAACGGGCGACCUGACCUCUGUUUUCCAGCGCCUACAGGCCUUCUGGAGGCAUCAGGCAGAGGAAAUCUCAAGUCACCAGCAGGCCACUGGCCACAAGGUUGCAAUAGCAGUGCUGCAGCCACUGUUCUCGAAAAUCCGGCCCAAUUUGGCUAGGCGGAACCGCCUCCUGGCCGAGUUGAUGAACCUCGAGAAAACCACCCGCCGCGAUGCCUCCGAAUUCGAGGUCGUUGAGGCUAUUGAACGUGCCGAAGCAUCGCCGCCUUCCACAGCGCCGGCCGCGCUGCCGGGCACGAAGAAAUCCACUCGCAAGCGCAAGGCUGACGGCAAGGCCGCCGGCAAAGGCAGAGGCAGGCCAGCCGCUGCUGCUGCUAUUGCUGCUACAACCUCCACCGCACGCGGCAGAAUACCUUCGUCAACACGGCGAUUCCUUGCCGACGAGACCCAGGGCACAAUCCACGUACGUAUAACGCAGGCAACACAGCCGGCUUCACAGUGGACCUCACAGCGGGUCACGAUGCCUUCACUUGGGAAGAAGCAGAGGAUGAAGACGACCCUUUGGCAGGCGACUGUGACUUUGAUACGAUGGAGCGGCUUGAUGAGGCUAACGCCCUUGCGCUAA